AUGUCGGCCCCGCCGAAAUACAUACUGGUUUCCCUGCCGACCUCGAUUUCCCCAACGAACGAUAAAGAGGAAGCUCUCACAGCCUUACGAUACGCCGUAUCCCCAGACAAUGGCCCUGUUGCCCCCUUCAGAAUACCCGAAUUCAAAAUUGGGACGCUGGAUGCUCUGGUGCAGCAAGCAGAUGACCUAACAAAGCUCGAGAGUGCAUGUCAAGGUGUCGUAGCUAAGGUUGGCGAUUCGCUGCGGAUAUUAUUAGAAGGCGAUGAGGCGAAGAUAACCCAGCAGAAGACGGUUAAUGAUAAGCCUGCCGACCAAUAUCUGCGGACCUUUUCCUGGAAUAAGGUCAAAUACCGUGCCGAUAAGCCUCUUGCGGAGCUUAUUGAUUCGCUGCAGAAGGAACUCGCGAGCAUCGAUAAUGAUGUCAAAGCGAAAUACAACCAGUAUAACCAAGUCAAGACCAAUCUCACAGCGCUCAAGCGGAAACAAACUGGAAACCUCUCUACAAAAUCUCUUACACCAGUUGUUGAUCCUUCGAUAUUAAUACAGGACUCCGAAUAUCUCGAAACACAUCUCAUUGUUGUCCCGACAAAUUCCAAGAAAGACUUCCUCAAAAGUUACGAGACGAUUUCGCCAAUGGUGGUGCCACGAUCGUCAGUAGAGGUUACUCAUGACGACGAAUUUACUUUAUUUGCGGUUACAACAUUCAAGAAGCACAGCGCAGAAUUCCAACACAAAUGUAGGGAGAUGAAGUGGACGCCAAGAGAUUACAAGUAUGUGGAGGGCGGGAAGGAGGCGGAACAGAAGGAGGUAGAGAGGGUGGGAAGAGAUGAGCGAAAAAUUUGGGGCGAGGCGCUGAGGUUGGGGAGGACUGGGUGGAGUGAAGCUGUUAUGAUAUGGAUCCAUGUCCUCACACUGCGAGUAUUCGUCGAGACCGUCUUGCGAUAUGGACUGCCCUUGGACUUUGUUUGCGGUUUGGUCAAGACUACCCCUAAAUUGGCUAAGCGGGUUAAGGCGAAUUUGGACGCUAAAUAUUCAUACUUAGGAGGAAAUGCAUUUGGGCGGGACACCAAGGGUAGAGUUCAAAAGGACGAUUCUGCAUUGUCAUCGGAAAUGGCAGCAGCAGGUGUAGGGGCCCACGGAGGAGAAGGCAGCGAGUACACUGCCUAUGUGUAUUACGAGUUCGAGGUCGUAUAG